AUGGAUAUUUUCAAAACCCAAUUAGAGCCAUUCAACACAGCCGUUAUAUUCGGAGCAGAGAAUUUGAUGACCGAUAUGGUACCGAAGCUCAGUGAGAUGAGAUCUGGCACAUCGCUGCUGGCCUGUCGGUUUCCACUUCCUGAAUGCGAUCACUUUCAACCAGUUGCUCAGAUUGGUGAAGGAAUCGACGCAGUUUACGUAUAUAGGAGGACUUAUGGUAUGCGAACAUUGCUCUCCGUUGUAACCCGCUCUCUCGUAUUCCAAAGAGAUCGCGCUACCUAUUACCAAAAUAAGAAGGGGAUUCUCCCAGUUUUCGUAAGGCGAUUCUUUCUUCGGCAUCCACAUGCUCAUUUGUGGAUAGUGUUAGGCCUCCUGAUAUCGUCAAUGGUUGGGCCAUCAUUGAUUCCAACAUACUAUUUCUUCACACUCAGUCCAGAAGAGUUCAGAAAUUACCAGCUAGAGAGGAAAAAUUUAGUUCACGAUCGUGCGAAAUACGGUAGGUCUGCUGUCACUGCGCUUAUUGGCAGAACUGUGAAAAAUUGUUGCAAGAUUUACUGA